UGACAUUUAUUAUUUAUGUUCUUGUCAGUUCUUGUUGCCUGUAGAAAAGUUCCUGAAUUUUAAAAUUAUUAUUGUGAUUUUCCUAUUUGGUUUAUAAUUAAUUGGUUUACUUUCAUUUUAUACCUAUCCAUGGUGUUUUUGUGAUAUAAUUACGUUAGUGGAAACGUGUUUAUUGUUAGACGAUAUUUGUACAUUAGAGAAUUCUAAAUUUAUUUUAACAAAUGAUCUAAAAGCAACGGGAACUGCAUUUUCUUUUGCACCAAGAAUGGAUAUAUCAACUGAAAGUGCAUUUGCACCAAAAAGGAUUGAUAUUGAAAAUUCACUAGAUGGAAGUAAAACAGAAAAUUCAUUUAGUUUUCCAAAUUCUCCGGAUAUCUUGGACCUUAGUGGACUUGAUUUUAAUAAUGAUGAGACAUGGUUAUACGAACCCAAACGGUCUUCAGCAACCGACUACAACAAUUGGCUUCAAAAAACUCCCUUCACCAUGCCAUUCAACCAAGAAAAUUCAGAAAAUAUCAAAUUAAAAUCUAGCAAAGUUGUCGACACCAGAACAUUCACAAGACCCAAAAAGAAACUCCUACGACCCAGCAUCAUGGAUUUGGAGCAAUUUCAACCUGGAGGCACCGAAACUAUUCUGGAAAAUCAGAAUUCCAAAAGUUCUGAAGAGGAAUAUUUGAAUGGUGUGCCUAAGGAACCAUUGCAUUUUGAUUUAUCCCAGCCCGCUAGCAUAAAUCACUUCGAAUCCAUGAUUAACUCUAUAGAUUCGUUUCAGAAUAUGUCUCCACCAAGUUUGGUGAACUCUUUGUGCUCUUCGACCUUCGCUAACCUCAUGGAGAGCAGUUUUAUCAAAAACGAUCCAGUUUUAAGAGAAAUCCGCGACAAAGAUUUUACAGAAAGUGCUUUAUUGCAAGAUAUGGAAGCGCCAAUGUUCCAGAGUAUCAGCGAGAGUUGCUGUAGCUUGAACUCGGAUACUCCGGAGAGCUUUCUGAGGAAGGUGUCGUACAAUGGGAGUUUUAGGAGUAAUGGAACAAGGAACGACAUAAAGGAAGGUGGCGGGGAGAGGGAAAGCGGGGUUAUGGAUGUAACGUUUCAAAAGGAUAAAUCAAUUGACAAGUCUGACACCAACAGCCAAGACAGCACCUUUACCCCGACGAGCCAUAGAGCAGAAUCUAACAGCCAAUCGAGCCCCAACAGUACCAUCCUAAACGGUACCUACAGAAAAACCCCCAAACGCAACGCUACCUUUCGCAAAGCGGACAAUCCAAAUCGGUUGAGCCUUAAUCUCACUUAUGACAAGCAGCUCAACAUCUACGACAACAAAGAGGUGUCGAAGAGCAUAGAGACUGACAUAGAUAAGUAUACUGAGGAUUUGGAUAGUACUAGGACUAUAGGUGAUACUAAUAGUACUAAGAUAAUCAAAAGGACUGAUAGCGUGGAGGAAUUGAAGAGACGGUACUCGAAUAUGGACUUGAAUAAGUUGAGUUAUUGCCAGGAGGGGGAGAGGAAUCUUGAAGAUGACGAAUUUGGGGACAAGGAGGUGGAGUUUGAGAGGCCUGUAGAAAAUGAGAGGUUAUCCUUAGGAUCUGCCGAAAGUUUGGACAGGACAAGUAGUUUAUCGAAUAGUAGUAGGGGAUCAAAUAAAAUGCUCAAUAUUGGUGAUAUAGAUGACCUUACAGUCGACAGAGGUAGAGUUUUACCAGGACUAAUGUCGACACCCAAAGUUAACAUGGGAGUGGAUAAAUUAUGGGAAAAUAAUUUUCUUUCCCCCAUUGUUAGUCUUGACAAACAAACAAAAAGUACAUUAUAUUCUAGGGUUUCAAAUGUAGAUACCUAUAUUAAGCAAACUGAUAGUAACAAAGAUACUAAAAUGAGAAGAAUUCACAGAACUGAAAACAUAUCGAAUCAGAGGCCAUUGCAAGCUUUGCCAAUUAAUUUUAAGGGAUCUUAUAAUAAUAUUAGCAAUCUGAAAACUGCAUCAUCAAAUUUCGGGGGUUCCCAACCGAGGUUAUCGAAACCAUCCAGUAGAAAUUCGAUUCGUCCACCUUCAGCCAGCAAUUUAAAAACGAUGGGCUCUCAAUUGAAAGGAUCUUACACAAGUUUGAGACCGAUCAGUGCGAACUUGCCCGUAGCGCCACCAGUUGGGGUUACCCCAAACGUGGUACAAAUGAUCACCAGACCGAAUGCAAAAACCGAGAACUUCCCAAAGGAAAAGGUGUUUGCUGUACCUACAAUUCCUGUAAGUGCUUUGCCAAGACCUACUGGGAUUCCCAGGCCUCAAUCUCGAAUCCCUGGUCUUCGUAGUCAAAAUACCAGGCCUGCUUCAUCGAAAGGUUUGCAUUACUGACAAAUAUUCAAAUCAAAUAAUAAUGCUGUACUGAUGUGCCUUACAAUCAUCACCAUAACAAGCCCCCCACUGCUAACAUCUCUUCUAGUUAUACCAUCGUUUUUUUCACGGGAAAAAACUUUGGGUAUACAUAAUAUUGUUAUGUAUAUAUUUAUAUUUUCUGUUUUAUAAUUGUUUUUAAUAUACAUAAUGAAAAAAGAAAUAACAAAUAAACUAAUUUUUAA